UCGCGCCUCCAUGCAUUCGCCGCGUAUUCAGUCGCUUUUUCAGUUUUGAAUACCACCAAUGUUUUUUUACUUGCAAUUCCGUGAAACGAGACAUGCCUGAUCUACUGUGAACGUGGCACAGACCGCAUAUCGUAAAGGGGCGCAAACAAUUCAUUUAUCUGUGACGGUGACUUCCACAUGGUGAUACAGUAUGAGCGCACUACGGGAAAGCUGUCGGUGUGCGUUAGAGCCAGCAAAUUCCUGGGUUUAUUGUGGACUUCGGAUCUCCGCGCAGACCGAUGAAAACGUGGAUACCGUUUGAUACACCCUUUGAGAUAUGCCAUUGGCGCGAUUCCAGGGAAUGUUUCCCUAAUCGCGGCGGUCACAUUACUGAUCCUGACAGAGCAUUCUUGGUGGAUGUUUUUCUUCGUUUAAAUUCCGAUGAACCAUGGAAGUGGCAUCACGGCAAGACGGUCAUGACGAAUUUUGAGGAAUUUGCCGGCGCAUGCAGAUUUGUCAUGGUCGCCGUGGAUGGUAGCGGAGCCACAGCCCUGUUUAUUGUCCCCAAUGAACGUGUUUGUGUACGGGAUCGCAUAAGCCGCUGCGUUGCUUCCCGUGACGAGAAGAUUGAUUUGCAGUUGGAUUUGCGCAAGCUCGAUAUACUGAAUAGAAUGAAAUCAUUGCGCCAACGCACCCUGCCGAAGAAUUCGCAGUUACCGCAACCUCUCUGUAAUCCCAUUGCCCUGGCAAGGAAGCUUUGGGGGUGUCAUUCCAAACAGGAAGAAAGCAACUUCUUCCCGGGAAUCCCGGCCAAUGUUGAAGUGGGCAUUCAGUGGUUGCCGGCUGAAAUUAUGAGCGAAGUGUUUGGCUGUAUAGAAACCAAGAUACAACAGAGCGUUCUCCGUUCGGUAUGCAGCUGCUGGAAUGCCAUUCUCACGACAUAUCCGAUUAAGCGCUUCCUGAUUUUCGCCGGUUCGUUGAUUAAACCUAAUCAGCGCUACUAUAACGCGGCAUGUCUGCAUGCAUGCUGGAGACCGGCGAUUGUAUUUUCUUGCUGUAAGGCGUCGUGCGACUUAUCCGACAAAACCAUUUUGUACGGGCCAUUUCUUCGUCAAAUCAUGAUGAAGGGCGGCCAUCCCUGCGCCGAUACGCUAAUACUGGGCAAGGUCGUUUGGGACUUUAGCAAUAACGGCUCUCCCUGGGUAACGGAUUACCCAGAGGGGUUGAUACGGCCUUUCUGCAGAAGUUUUUCCGCAAUGGCCGUUGUAUGCCAGACUCUGAUUCUCAAAGAUAUCCUAGCAACGAAUCUUCAUCAGAUCAUAUCAGUUUCCGAACCUCAACAAGAUACCGACAAACCGUGGUUCUCGCAAUACCUUGUGCGGCUAAAGAUUCGAAAUGGACGCAUCCAAGGUCGGCACCUGAGCACUGGAGAUUGGUGGGAUUUGAUCGAAAGCAGUUGUCCCACAUUGGAUGCAUGGGAAAUCCAGUCACUCUCUGACUGGAUCGAUGAUUGGCUACAACCCGAUCAAACUUCUAUGGACAUGCCGGAUCCCGAUCCACGGAACCAGUAUUACGACCCCACUAGGAAUGGCGCCAUUCCCAUUAUACUGCGGGAAUUUCAAGCGAUGGAUCCACGUCCGAAAAAUCGGUAUCAGCCUGUGGGUCUGGAUGAUUGGAAAACGGUCAAUUUGCAAGUGAACAAACUCAACAAGCUGACGCUAUAUGCAUUACGUACGCUGCAGCUCCAACCACCAUGUCCACCUAGUUGGUUGCCUGUAUAUCCUGUGGAUGUGUACAUUCAUUCAAUUUUUAAUUAGGCCAGAAUUUGAGAUUUUACUUUCAAGAUAGACAUAAUUUGCUCGCUUGCCGAAGACUUUUAGCGGAAAAUUAUACUGACAAUGAGUGAGAAAGCGGGCUUUGGCUGAUGUCAAACCAUUCGUAAACCGGAAUAAUACACCGGUAACAACCGAACCUUCUAACGAUGGCUAAAGCGCUAGGGUCUCGCCGAAUUAGUGGACGGGAACAAUAUUGUCCAAGUGAUAAUUUAUUACACAGUAACAAAUUUGAUUUCCACUGGCUCGUGCUCACUCAACCAGUGCUAGCCUUACGUGACGAUGCUCACCAAGCAGUUUUUGUGCUGCAGUGCAGCAUUUUUACUGUGACUUAACUUUCGGGUGAACCUUGGCGAAUAUUAUGCGGAAAACCCUGUCGAACUGAUGCUUACAAGGGUACAUCUUGUGAUUUUUUUGUUAUUGUGAUUCGUGAAUAAGCCGUGGAUUUUUUUAAAUGUUUGUUAGUGACUAUGGUUUCACCCCGGCACAUUUCACAAUCAGUUGUUACAGCAACAUCCAUGCAAUCAUUUGUAAAACGUUAUUUAAUCGAUGCUGAAACACAUUCUAAUCUAACAAAAUUCGGUGCUCUGUAUUUUCACUCCAACGAGGACAUUUUUAAGGCGAAAACAGCGUCAGGCAGCUUGAUGAGCUAUAAUCGCAUCGCGGUCAAUGCAUGUUUCACGGGUGCGAUACAGUGAAGGAAUGGUUCCGUCACAUGGAACCGGAUACCGAGAUACGUAGUUUACGUGAUUAAUAAUUAGGAGCCUCGCAUUUUUUUAGAAUGACAGUUGUCACUUGAUACAAUACCUUUUUUAUGGGCCUCUUUUUCAUAAGUUCAUCACAGAAGAAGUUUUGUCUCUAAUUUCUAAGGUCUUCGAUCCCUGUUUCCCAAAUCUAAUUGCUCACUGAGAGAAGCUGCGGCCGGCAGCAAUAUUUAUUUAACCACUUGGAAACCACCAUUUACACUGCAUUAGAGAAGCAGUCUUACUUGGUGAGACGUGAAACUUAUUAAUUAUGGACUUAAAAUGGCCUAUAUUACAGGGGUGCCGCGACAAGU